AUGCUGCGGAGGUACUUAUUGUUGUUGGGGAGGUACUUAUUUUUGUUGGUCAUGCGAUGUCCUGUUAGGAGGGUCCUCAUAGUUCAGCCGCACGUUCGAGGUCUUCUUUUCAUAACUUCUGCAAGACGAGAUGGAUCGAGAGAAACACGACUACCCUCAGAUUGUCGAGUUACUCAUCUACCAAUUUACAUAAACAUAGGAGAGACUAUAUAGAUCAUUCUUACCUCCACUCCCACACUAUCGGUCUCGCUUCCUCCACUCCUACACUAAUAUCAGACACCACUUUAUUCAUAUACACCUCUCUUCAGGAACAACAAGCUCUCAAGUUGGAACCGAUCACGAACUUACUUCAACGAUUUGAUGCUCAAGAAUUGGCUGAGCAGACUGGCGCCACCGACGAGACUGCCACAGACAAGACCAAGACCGACAACGCAGAGUACCAAGAAGCAGCCCAGAAGAAGUUGAAAGACACUGCGAGCGAUGUUCUCAGCCAGCUGGGGUUGAUUAUGGAUGGUUUAACUCAGAGACAGAGACUCGUCCCAUCACGUUCUGCAUAUACACUUGGUUAUAAAACGUACUCAAUACAACUGAAUAGGACGAGUUUGAAAGCUAUACUAGCUUUCGAAAGUGCUUCUCUAACCCCAACGGCCUCAUCGACACAGCUUCUGACGAGAUCCACGAUAUUGCCAAGGAGGAAAAGAAGGGUCAAGAUGCCGAAAAGCGCACCAGCAUCGCUAAGAAGGCUACAGCUGCUGCUAACGCACGAAAGGCUGAGGCCGAGAAGAAGCUUGCUGCCUUGGCUGGUAGUCAGGCAUCGAAGGCUCCAGGAGGAGCGUCGGUGGCGUUGGAUGAGAAGGUAAAAAUAUAUUUAUAUGUCUCGUUCUUGACGUCUACAGUUCUUGCUGUUGGUACUACUUGGAGUCGACGUAUCCAUACUUAUACAAGUCGUUAGAACUGGUGUAGGGUCGUCGUAAACGUGUUGAAACAACAAAAUCCUCACUCAAGCCCUUUAUUCAGGACGACUUCGUAUUCCUGCCGGUGGCCCAGCUGCGCACGAUGAUGGCGGAAGAAGUAGCCACAGAGGACGAUGAUACGAGCAAAGUGGACCAGAACGCGCCGUUCUCCAGGAUGAAAGACCUCGUUGGCUCCGUUUCUGGCGCUUUUUCUCAGGGCGGAAACUUGAAAGUUAAGACAAGGAAUGUACUGACGAGAAAGUAGGUCGUGUGAUGUUUGUGGUCUUUUUGAAUUCAUACUAUCAAGUCAUAGUGUUUUAUUGCUUAGAUACUCAGCGUCAGCAAUUUCGAGGAAGGUCCCUGUCGGUUUCUAUCUUUAAGAAACACGUCGUCUCCAAGGGCGGAUCCUCUAUCCUGAAAGCGGCUCAGCAGCAAACAGUGUGGGAACGGGAGAGAGCCGAUAAGGCCGAAAAAGCACUAAAGGCCGCUGAAGCUGAAGCAGACGCUGCGGAAGAAAAGUUGAAUUAGGGACUUAUUUGAUGUAAUUCGUAAGCAAUAACCUUUGAUAGGGAAGAACUACAACCGCAAAGUGAGAUCAUCUUAUCUGUGAAACAAUUCGUUGAAAAACAAUUUUUCCUCUAACUCAAGCAAGCCCAGAGUGCUAUGCCAGCUACAACCACUCCUCCAGCUAGAGCCAUUCCUCCAGCUACAGCCACUUCCUCUAGCACCGCUACAACAGAUUCAUCUUCUUCCGGCUUCUCCCUUUUCGGUGGAGGCGGUGGUCUCCAGAUGCUCGUAGAAGAACCAGCUUCUAAGAAAGAUGAAAAGAAGGCUGAUGCUGCUCCUGCAAAGAAAGAAGAGGCUAAGAAGGAACCUACUCCAAAAAUUGCAGUCGUGAAGAAAGAAGACACCGCCAAGUCCAACGCGGCUAAGAAGGAAGAAAAGGCUGGUCCCGCCGACGACUUCCUGAACAAGUUGCCAGGCUUCUUGCAGCCCUUGAAGCAGUUUUUGACGCCAGGAGUUGGUAUCGUGAACCAAGCCGCUGCGAAGAUCGAAGGCUUCGCUGCUCCGCCGAAAGACGAAGCAAAGAAGGCAAAGCAAUCCACCUAUGGCAUCCCGCAAGCAGUGAAGAACCAGCUGAGCAGUCUGCCGUUCACAGCGAUGAAAGGAGUAGGUGGUGGAGACUCUGGCAAGACCGGGGACAACACCAUCCAACUUUAUGGACUUCGAUGAUACGUGUGCGUGUGUGUGUGCGUGUGCGUCUGUGUGAUUGUUCUUUACAAGACAAGGUAUUAUAGUUUGUGUUUUUGCUGAUUAUUCUGUCAAUUGUCUCAUGCCCAAAAAUGUUUCCCUCUCUAACUCCGAUUCCAGCUGGGCAGUUUCGUGCCUGACGGUGUAGGCCAGUUCCUGCCAUCUGGCCUUGCGGAAGAUGGCCCUCUCAGACGCCGAGAAUACCAGAAUAACUUCGUAGUGCCAGGUGCUGCUGUGCCGGACUACAUGUGGGAACCAGCUGAGGAAUCGACUGCGCACAGUCGCGUAUUGAGCCUGUACCAACCAAGCAGUUCGGAUGUCAUCUCGCUCAAAGCAGGAGCUCCUGCAAAGGGCGCUGAAGGAACGGGAGGUAUUUCUUUAUAAGUAAUUUGUUUGACGUUGAGCGUGCCUCUGCCACUGCCUGGUUAUGAUAUUGAGACAAUAGGGGAACAGACGUUGAACUUCGUUUGGCAACAAUAGGAACAGGUCAGUUAGUACAUGCUCAACCAUUGUGAUUUCUUUGUACAUCUUCAUCACUUUCACCCACUUCACACUCCAUACCAUUCUCUGCACCUUCAGCUCCCUUCCGUGUCGAUCUGAAGAGUGACUUCUUGCGCGUCCCGUCAGCGCAAUUUUUGCCUUUGGUGACCUAUUUGGUUGGCGACGAAGGCCUCAAGCACUGCUUCGCAUCAGCGAAUUCGAUCUGGUUCUGCCGUGACAACCAGGACAUGAAUUUAUGAGAUGAUGGGGUCAAUCAACCAUGGUAGAUGAAUUAUCUUCAAAGAUUCAAUACUUCUUGCGCGUGCAUCUACUUCACAAAGCAACCUUUUACUUUUACGAAAAACAGCAGAAAAUUUGAAGAUGCUCUUCCCUCCACUCCUGCUCGAAACUCCUGUUCUUCCUGUUCUGCUAAUCACAACCGCUCUCCAGAAGAAGCACAUCCAGAUGACUAUCCAGAGCGAUAACACGAAUUUUAACAUUCGCGUCACUGGCUCGCAACUCUUUUUUUCCUUAUCGGAUGCAGAUGGGCACUCCAUUGGCUGGAACAUGGUCUUGAUCCGAGGAUCUAAGUCUGGCUUCUUGGUAGUGCCAGCAAGCGUCUUCAUGGCCAAAUACAUUGUAGGAGCCGCGUCCGACAGGACAUUGUACGUUGAUGCCGCAGCAGGAACCUUGCGAAUGACGGGAGCUGGAAGCGUGUCGAAAUCGGGAGUAUCGGUAGUAUAAAUAUGUGUUUUUCAUCACUUGGGCAAUGUAUCUAAAUCUAUAUUGACUACCAUCAAGAGGAAGUGUGAAUACCUCUUCACGUACAUUAGAGAGUCUAACAUCCUUCACAAUGUUGUGAAGUAAGAUGGAUCUCGAACAACUUCAACCUCUAUCCUUCUCCCAUCUCACAACACACUGUCUACAACCAGGUCUUGUUCGUAGUGAUCCCGACACUCACGGUGUUAAUGUGUCUCUAUCAGUUGGUGGUAUCGAUGAACGAGAAGGUAGUCAUGCCAGAACCGGAGAGCAAGGACUUGCACUACGUGCGAUUUUAAGAAGUGGAAGAAAGAAACACGCUUUUUUUUAACUUUCGUUCUUGUGUAGUAAUGGAGAAAUUUUUGUAGAUUCUCGAAGUUGUACCCUUUCCAAAACUCAUAUUUCUUUUGUAGAAGGUUGGGAGACCGAACUCUAAAGACAAGUCGACUAAGAUUUUCUUAUAGAUUUUUUCAUAAUAAGAAAGUUUGUUGAGCCUAGAUGUAGAUCCGAUCAUCGCUUGCAUCUUCACUACGACAACCACAUUAGGGUUUAGGGUUCAAGCACCACUUCCAGGUUUAUAAACUUCCGAAAACACGAUAGGAAAGUAGUACACAUCUGCGAUGGUGGCGUCUACAGUGAGCAUCACUGAAUCCUACGUGUGGUAUGUGGUAGAAAGACCGAGUGGAACAUGAAUCAUCGCCAUACUAGAGAGUUUAGGGCACAUCCAUGUAGAAGUUGUUCUCUCAACAUAUUUAUUCGUGGAGAAUUCUUGAUACGCCGACAUAGAAGAAUGUUGUUAAAUAACGCUAAUACCCAUUAUACGCAAUGUCCUUAGACUUACAUCUUAGUCUUACAUUCAACUAUGAGUACUUUCUUAUUCUCUGAGUAUCACCUAUACCUCGUGGUGUGGGUAGUGUGCGUUUUGUGUAGAAAAGGCCAGUCUCAUGGUAACGAAAAGUCAUUUUUUUCGACACAGACAGACUCCCAAGUGUACGCAUGAUUACUAGGGGAUCAACUAUAACAACACACAUACUAUAUCGACCCUACCCUUGAACUUGAACUAUACCAAGACACCGACCAUUACUUACUUGAUUUUCAUCAUUCAUCUAUUCUUAGUCUUUUCACGACUGAUGUGUAAUCAUAAGUCAUUUUCAUUUUCCGGGAUUUUUAAGAUACGUGAUACGCCAGGAUUCGCGCAAAUAGCAUCUAUCAAGAAAAUAAACGAUUCAUCAUCGUACGCAUGAUAUUUCUCGCCACAAACACGUGAUGAAGGACUGAUGAUGUCAGCGUCACCCCACGAAGACCAACAUUGUUGUGUUUUCAAAAAAACAAAAUGGAGAGUGGUCUCACAAAUAGGAAGAAAACCAAACAACAUUUUUGCUACAAGAAGGUUCUUUACAGAUACUCUAUAUGCCACGAGCACGAAACAGCAUCAUUCGAAACUUGGGCUUCCGUCAGAGGAACUGAAAGGCGUUAAAACUAGGUCUCAC